AUGGGGGUGACAGACGAUUUUGCCCCGAGCUUCACGCAGAAGCCGCAGUUGCGCCAAGAGGAUGACGGCAACAAGCUGAUCUUCGAGUGCCAACUCUUGGCAUCUCCCAAGCCUGAGAUCAGCUGGUACCGCAGCGAUGAACUGCUCAAGGAAGAUACUAGAACACAGUUUAAAAUCCAGCCCAUCGCGAACAACAAGUUCCUGGUGGUGCUGGAACUGGACGACGUGAUCGAGACCGACGCGGGGCUUUACAAAGUGAAGGCUAAGAAUAAGAUGGGCGAGGUGGCCGCCUCCAUCAAUCUUAACUUCAGUCCCGCUGAUGAAGAAAAACAAAAACAAGUAGACGGUAAAGCUCCAACAUUCGCGCGCAAGCCAGCCAUUCGUCAAGAAGACGAGGGCAAGCGACUGAUCUUCGAGUGCCGCAUCGAGGCUGAGCCGGUACCCAGUGUUGCCUGGUUCCACAACACUAUGGAAGUCAAACAUAGUUCGAGGCAUAAGUUAACAGUAAGCAAAGAAGGCAAAUCAUACUACGCAUCAUUAGAAAUCAACAACGUGACUGUGGAAGACGCUGGCAAGUACCGAGUGACGGCCAAGAACGAGCUCGGCGAAAGUAACGCUACGAUCAGCCUAAACUUCGACAGCGACGAAGCGCCCGUACCUGAAGACUUUAUCAAACCAACGUUUACGGAGAGACCUGUCAUCAGACAAUCGGAAGAUGGUACCAAAAUUACGUUCGAAUGUCGAUGUGUUGGCAAACCGAAACCAACCAUCACAUGGUACCUUGGAAAGAAAUUAAUAAAAGAAAGCAGUCGAUAUAAAAUAUCAUUAGAAGAGGAUCAAACAUUAUAUCAUAUGGCGCGAUUAGAAAUAAUAGGUGUAGAAAAUUCCGACAAAGGAGAAUACAGGGCUGUGGCUAAAAACAAACACGGUGAAGGCGUAGCUAAAAUAAACUUAAAUUUCCAGGGUGGUGAUAAACCUAAAAUACCAGAUGGCAAAGCACCUAGAUUUCCUAAAAAACCUACAAUUAGGCAAGAAGGAGAUAUUUUAAUAAUGGAAUGUAUCCUAGAAGCACAUCCUGUGCCAGAUAUUACCUGGUUUCAUGGAGAUAAAGAGAUCAGAGACGGUGCCAAAAUGAAGAUGUCUAGAAAGGCUAUAGGAAAAGAUACUUUUAAUCUCACUCUUGAAAUUUUAAGUCCUACACAGGAAGAUGGAGGCAAUUAUAGAUGUAACGCUUUCAAUGUGUUUGGUGAGAGCAACGCAAAUAUUGCUCUGAAUUUUCAAGGUGGGGAUGACGAAAAUGGUUUUGCACCUUCGUUUGUGGAAAAACCACGAAUCAUUCCCAACGAAGAUGGCACACUCAUCACGAUGCGUUGUGUCUGUAAAGCCAAGCCGGCGGCUGAAGUUACGUGGUACAGAGGCUCGACCGUUAUUAAGGCUAGCAGUAAAAUUGAAAUCAAAUCGUCUGUUAUUAGUGAAGACCUUUAUGAGUUAGUAUUACUUUUAUCCAACCCGACGGCAGCGGACGGUGGCGCCUACCGUUGUCAUGUUCAAAAUGAAUUUGGAGAAAGCAAUGCUAACCUUAACCUAAAUAUUGAAGCUGAGCCAGAACCUGAAGGUGAAGGGCCAACUUUUGUUGAAAAACCUACAAUACAGUCGAAAGAAAAUGGCAAAUUAGUUAUAAUGGGAUGCAAGGUCAAAGCUAGCCCUAGACCAACGAUCGUCUGGUACCACGAGGGUAAAGAAAUCAGAGACUCGUCGAAAAUAAAAACUAGGGUCGAAGUAAAAGAAGAUAUUUACACUAUUAUCUUGGAACUCAUCGACCCUGGUAUUGAAGACUCCGGAUUGUAUAAAUGCAACAUUAAAAAUGAACUUGGAGAGCUCAAUGCAAAUCUAACGCUCAAUAUUGAAAUCAUUCCAGUUAUUAAAGAAAAACCAAAAAUUAUUAAGAUACUUAAAAAGAAGACUGUAAUCGUUGAAUGUAAAGUGUUAAGUAAAUUUGCGCCAUCUUGUACAUGGUUCAAGGAAGCCAGUGCAGUCAAAGAGGAUUCGAGACAUACUGUGCUUAUCGAGCCUGUAAGAGAAGGUGAAUUUGCAGUCAAAUUAGAAAUUUCUAACGUAUCACAACACGAUAAAGGAUCAUAUAAGCUUGUUGCUAAGAAUGAGAAAGGUGAAGCGACAUCUCAACAAGUUGAGAUAACUGAUAUUCCUGAGGAAAAAGGAGAAAAACCGCAGAUCAUUAAGCACCUGAGAAGUUUGGCAAGAAAAGAAAACGAAGAAGCUGAAUUUGUUGCGGUUCUCAAAACGUCGGACCAAUCUUGUAGAUGUACAUGGUACAAGAAUUCUACUGUUAUUAGAGAUUCUUCCGAGAUUAGCACAUCUUUCGAUGGUACUAAUGCUCGACUAUUCAUAAAGAAAGUAACAACGAAAUUUGUAGCUAACUACAGAGUUGUUAUAAGAAAUGAAUUUGGAGAAGACGAGUCUAGUGCUGAUUUAACAAUUAUCGAAGAAAAAAAAAAGAAAAAGGAGGAGGAAGAAGAAGAGACCACGGUAAUUGAAGAAUCAGAAGAAGAAAUGUCAAUUGUUGAAGAAAAAUCAGUCAUCGAGGAGAAUCAUGUCGACGAGAAAAAGAAAGAAGUACAGAAACAAAAAGAAGAAGAAGAACAAACUAUAAUUGAAGAAAAGAAAGCAGCUGCUAAGAAAGUUACAAAGAAAGAAGAAGUUAAAAUAGAAUCCAAAAGAGAAGAAGUUCAAAUCGAGGCUAAAAAAACCGAAGAUAAAGUAGAAGCUAAAAAAGUGGAAUCAAAAUUACAAGAACAGAAAAAAGCUGAAGCUGAAAUAGAAGAAGCUAAAAAAAUACUUGAGAAAAAGACAGCUAAAACAGAAGAAGAAAAGAAAGCACUUCUGGAAAAGAUUGAGAAAAAGAAAACUGAAAAGGUACCUGAAGCCGAGGCAAAAUUAGAAGGUAUUCCAAAACUCAAACCUGUCAAGCCAAAAGAGGAACCUAAGCCAGAAGUAGAGAAGAAAGAAACUAAAAAGACUGAGGAAAAGAAGAAAGUUGUCAAAAAGAAAGUUGUUUCUAAAAAGAAGGAACAAGAUGAUGAAUUCGAGUUUGUUGACGAUUAUGAGCGUCCAGUAUUGGAGAAAUAUGAACGAAUUACACCUACACCUCUCGAAAAGAGACAGAAAGUUACUGACACACCCAAGACAAAACGUGCCUCCUUGUCUGAGAGCGUUAAAAGUCUGCCAGAUGAUAGUGAUGAGGAACCUUCACUUGCUACAUCUAUUCCCGAGAAAAAACCUAAAGUGGAAACAAAAGAAAAGGUCGAAGAAGAACCUAGACGUCUAAGUAUUAAAAAGGGUAUACCUAAACCAGAGGAACCUGUAGAUGAAAUAUCGCAGGUUAAAUUAUCCAAAACUCCGAUAAAACCUGUUGAAGAAAAAUCUGAAGAACCACAAGUAGCACAAUCUAAACAACCAAUGAAAAAGCUUGAAGAACAAAAGGAAUAUGUUGAUGAUUACGAACGACCAGAUUUAGAGAAAUACGACAAAGUCACUCCAACGCCAACUGAUAGGUCAAAGAAAUCAAACGGAGUUCGUGAGGAAUCUCCAGACUUUGUAGAUGAUUACGAAAGACCCGCACUUGAAAAAUAUGAAAAAAUUACACCUACUCCUAAAGAUAAACGUCGUCCUAGUGACACUCAGGAUGAAACUGAUAUGAUGACAGGCAAAAUAAAACCUAAACCAAAAGAAGAUGAACCUGAAAUGCCUACACUUAGAAAACGAUCUGUUGCCAAAGAUAAGGAGGAUGAGAAAAAACCAGAUGGGAAACCAAAACCUAAAACUAUUAAAAAAGAUGAGCCUAAGGCUAAGAAACGGCCCUCUCUUAAAGAAAAAGAGGUCGAAGAAGACGAAUUUAUCGACGAUUAUGAGAGGCCAGUUCUCGAAAAGUACGAGAAAAUUACACCCACACCUAUUGAGAAAAAGAAAAAGGAGGAUAAAAAAGUAGAUGAUGAAACAUCUUCUACGACGGUCCAAAGACGACGAUCUGUCAAAGAUAAGCCAGAGGAGGAUAAAAAACUAGAAGAUGAAACAUCUUCUGCGACCGUACAAAGACGACGAUCUGUUAAAGAUAAGCCAGAGCCAAUGGAUGUUGACGAAAGUGUCAGUGUUGCUAAGCCAAAAGCUCCUGUGAAACCAGGGCAAGAACCUGAAGAAGUUUCACUUACACAUAAAACCCCGGCUGAAACAAGGCCCACGGAGGAUGAGGCUGAAGCAAAACUUAAAAUUAAGAAACCAGAAAUUGUUGAGGAAAAGACUAUUAAACGCCCAUCACCUAAAGAUAAGGAACAAAAGGGUGAGGAUAUUGAAGAUUCGGUCAGUCUUACCAAGCCUAGAACUAAGACGAGCACAACUGCUCCGGAGGAGGCAUCUUUAACACAAAAGAAACCUGCUCAGAAAAAGCCUACGGAGGGUUCCGAAGCGGCUCAGCUUAAAGUUAAAAAACCAGCUGUCGUCAAGAAAGAUACCGAGGCUGAGUACGAAUUAGAUUUCGUUGACGAUUACGAGAGACCAGUUCUAGAAAAAUAUGAAAAAAUAUCACCUACUCCUACUGUCCGAGAGAAAAAAGAGAAGGAAGUCAAGGUUGAUAGUAGAAGAACAUCAACCCAAAGUGAGAUACAAGUCGUUGGUCAACAACAACAACAUCUCGCUGUAAAGACUGAAAGCAGAAGAUCUUCCAUUCAAAGUGAGAAACAUACAAGCGAAACGUACGUCGAAAGUGUGGUUCAGGAAGUCAGGACUGAGAGCCGACGCAGCUCUAUAAUCGAAAACAAAGCGCUUAAGAUCACAAAAGAAACUACAGAAAGCAGAAAAUCAUCGGUGGCAUCCAUUUCGGAACAAGAACAGGUUUCACAAUUUAAAAAGACUGGUCUUAAGAAAAUCGUAGGGGAACCAGAAGUAGUAAACGAAUUAGCGCAAAUAAAACUUAAGGAUGACAAAGAUGUUAACGAAUGGGUAAAUCCAACAACAGAUGAAACACUAAACGAAAAUAUAUAUUCAUGGCGAUCUACGAAAUCAGACACACAGGAAACUACAAUUAAAACGCAGCGUAGUACUAGUUUAGACCAGCCAAAGCUAAAAGAUCUAACUCAACCUAGGAGAAGAUAUAGUAAAACUGAGGAUAUUGAAGAGACAGAAAGGGACGAAAUCGUAUUUACGAGAAAAACUUCUACUGAUAGUCCGAAUAAAAACUUAAGGCAAACCGGCAAAAUUAAAGAGGAUAUAGUAAGUCCAAUGGACUUAGAUGAACUCGAUAAUAAGACGAUUAAACGUGAUCAAAGCAUAGCUAAAAAUAAAGAUGAAGCCGAUGAUAAGCCUACUGAAUAUAAAAGAGCUUCAUUACGUAGAUCUAGCAAGGACACUAAGGUUUCAGAAAAUAACAUCGAAAUUACAAAUGAUAAAAUUGAAUCUGAUAAACUCUACAUGCUUGAUACUGAUUCAAAUAAACUGGAUGAGGACUUAAAAAUUAGUAAAAUAGAUACUCCUGCGGUGAUUAGCAAUGUCGAAAAGUUAAAAUUAGAAGAGCCUUCAGAACAAAUAUAUCCUUGGAGGCAAUCAACUAAAGUUAAAGAGGAAAUUGACAAGCCUAAAGAAAGUUUACUGAAGGUUAAAGAUUCAGUAGAAAAAGAAAAGGAUAAGGUUCCUGAUAAUGUGACAAACAAAUCAAAUGACAUAUCAGACAAAUCUACAGAACAAACACAUUAUCCUUGGAGAAAACCUAAGGAGGUACCCAUACUUAUUACACCAGAACCAGAAUCAAAACCAAAUGAAGUACCAUUUUCUUGGAAUGCUAUUCCUGAAAUCCCACAGGCGGAACAAACACCAGAAUUAGAAAAUCAAUACACACCUACAUUACGCGAAACACCAGACAUUGUGCCUUGGAGAAGAUCUAGGUCUCUUCAGGCUGAUUCAGAGGGCAUACACGAGAAAAAGCCGGCUUCUUUAGAAAUACCACAAGCUGAUAUUAGCAGCAGACCUCAACCUGACGAGAAAGUCGAAGUUAAGCAAGAAGUAGUAGAGCAAGAGGCUAAAAAGGCUAAGCUUACAACAACAAAGAAGAAGGCUGAAGAAUUACCUGAAAUCCCUGAUUAUGACAGGCCUGAACUCGAGAAAUAUGAAAAGAUUUCACCAACACCCACUACUAGGGAAAAGCCAGAAAAAGACAAGCCGGCUGAAAAACCAAAGGUACCUGAAAUUAAGGCACCAGAAGAGAAGCCAGUAACGCCUAAAAUUGAAGUUGUACGUGACAAGUCUCCGAAACCGGAAGCACCAAGAAAACCAUCCCUAUCACCUGCACCUCCAGCUAGACGGGGAUCUCUCAUUCCACCUCCAGAAGAAAUGGGAAGACGUCCAUCGUUACUAAUUAGCGAUGAGAAACGCGGCAGGCCGGGCGAACUUUCGGACGAGCGAAGAAAGUCUGGUGAUGCAAGAAGACCUUCGAUUCAAGAUCUAGAAGAUUUGAUCAACAAACCCUCAGUACCUCUUAAGCCUAUUGGGUCAAAAGAAGGACCUCCACAAAUUGUUGAUGUUCAAGAAAGCAACUCCGCUGUUGAAGAUCAAACUGGAUAUCUUACCGUUCAAGUCGAGGGUAAUCCAGCACCCACUUUCAAAUUUUAUAAGGGUGUUACUGAAAUCAUUGAGGGUGGCCGUUUCAAGUACGUAACUGAUGGCGAAACUGGUCUUAUUACACUUUGCAUGAGAAAAGUGAAACCCAAUGAUGAAGGCAAAUACAAAGUCGUUGUUAGCAAUAUCCAUGGCGAAGACUCAGCGGAAAUGCAGCUCUAUGUGUCCGAUGCCAGUGGUAUGGACUUCCGUGCUCUGCUCAAGAAAAGGAAGUAUGCCAAGUGGGGUGAGAAGAAGGAAGACCCCGAUUGGGGUGACCUGAAAGAAACCGAAAAACCCAUCCCACCGCUAAAGAAGGUCGAAAAGAAACCAGAGUCUUUCUUGAAGCCCCUCGUAGAUCAAAAUGCAAAGGAAGGUAAAGAUAAGAAGGUGACGUUUGAAGCAAUUUUCACGAAGCCUAAUGCGAAGCCGAAAUGGUUCUUCCGUAAGGAUGAGUUAUUCCCUGGAUCUAAAUAUAAAAUGACUAACGAGCAAGAUUCCUACAAACUGAUCAUCAUGAACCCUAAGGUUGAAGAUACAGGCAAAAUUACAAUUGAAAUCGGUGGUAUUACUAGCACCGCAUUCUUACAAGUUGAAGAACCAGACCCUACCUACAAUUUCACAAAACCACUUAAGAAGACCCUCACUGGAUACACAAAGCAUGAAGUUAUCCUGGAAUGUACAGUGUCAAAUAGCUUGGCCAUUGUCUCUUGGUGGAAGGGUGAAACAAAACUGGAAGACGGAGAAGAGUUACAGAUAUCAAAAGAUUUAUCCGGUGUAUGCAGGUUAACAAUAAAAAAAGCCAAAUUAGAAGAUGCCGGAAAGUUUACUUGUAGGAUUGAAAAGCAAACAGAUAAGACUGAAUGUGAAGUAAAAAUUAUUGAAUACCCAUAUAAAUUCACCAAGGUACUUAAAUCGCAGCAGGCAAUUGAAAAGGAUACUAUUACACUACUUUGUGAAUUAGACGAUGCUGCUGGAGAUGUUAAAUGGUACAAAAACGACCAACCGCUAAAGGUUGAUAAACGAGUUACUAUUGUAAAGGAGGGUCGCAAACGAAAGGUGGUCAUCAAAGAUGCGAAGGUUACUGACGCCGGCCACUUCAAGUGUGUCAGUAACGCCGAUGAGACUGCUUGCGAAUUAAUCGUCAAUUACUCUAAUCGCUUCAACAAGAAGUUGAAGGACACAGAAGCAAUUGAGAGGGACAAGGUUGUUCUAGAAGUAGAGCUACAAGAUCAAACUGCUGAAGCCGUUUGGUCCUUCAAUGGAGAGCCCAUCGUGCCGAAUGAAAGAAUUGAAAUUAAAAAUUUGGGCGGUGGUAAGCACCAGUUAAUUUUCAACAAAAUUGAAAUGGAGGAUGAUGGAGAAAUCCUAUGCGAGUCUGGUAAACUAAGCUCAUCUUGCAAGUUGUCUGUGAAGAAAGGUGAAUCUAAGCCUCAAAUCGAUUGUCCGGACGAAUUCAAUGGACCAGCUGGACAUCAAUUCGUCAUCGAAGUGCCUUAUAAAAUUUCCGGUACCCGUCAAACACCAAUUGAAGCUAAACUGCUUAAAGACGGUAAACCUUUACCUAAUAAGGAAGUUGAAGCAGUUGUUGAACAAGAGAAGAUUCUUUUUAAAAUCAAGAAACCAACCAGAGAAGGUUCUGGCAAAUACCAAAUUAAACUGUCUAAUGCUCAAGGAGAAGAUUCCAAAGAUGUUAACAUUAUUAUGCAGACUGCACCUACACCUCCGCAAGCAGUUGAAGUUACAGAAGUCUUUCAGACGUCUUGUGUUGUUGCUUGGAAAACACCCCAAGAUGAUGGUGGCACACCCAUUAUCAAAUAUGUUAUCGAAAGACAGGAUUUGUCCCUCAAAGCAGCUUGGGACAGUGUAGCUGAAGUUGCUUAUGGUGAACCAACUAAGUAUAAAGUUGAGGAUCUCAUUCCGAAGAAGACUUAUAAAUUCAGAAUACGAGCUGUUAACAAGAUUGGUUCCAGUGAACCCGGUCUUUUCGCCAAGCCUGUGCUUGCUAAAGAUCCAUGGGAUGAACCAUCUAAGCCCAAAAAUGUGGAACUUUCUGAUUGGGAUAAAGAUCAUGCCGAUCUCAAGUGGCAAAAGCCCGAUAACGAUGGUGGAGCCCCAAUUACUGGAUACCUUAUUGAGUACAAGGAGAAAUUUGGCAAAGACUGGGUGAAAGGCGUGGAAGUACCUGGCGACGCGCUAUCAGCGACCCAGGAUGGGCUUAAGGAAGGCUGCACGUAUGAGUUCAGGGUGCGCGCUAUUAACAAAGCGGGUCCUGGUGAACCUAGUGAUAGCACUAAACCUAUUGUCGCUAAAUGUAGAUUCGUUAAGCCUUACAUCGUGGGCGAAGGACUUCAAAGUAUGAUCAUAAAGAAAGGCCAAGUUAUUUCAUUCGAUAUUAAGUACGGUGGAGAACCUGAACCCGAAGUCAAAUGGCUUCAAGGAGAAGAGAAACGUGGAAAGGCGUACACAGAGAAGGAAAUUCAUGACGAUGGCGACCGUAUCACGAUUGACAAGUAUGAAAGAAAUACUGUUCUAACCGUGCGAAGGACAACCAGAAUUGACAGUGGAAAAUACAAACUGGUACUUACAAACUCUUCAGGCACUUGCGAGAGCAUUGCUGAUGUUGUAGUACUAGACAAACCUAACCGACCAAAUGGCCCUCUCGAAGUCACGGAGAUUCGUGCCGAGAAAGCCACAGUUAAAUGGCAAAAGCCAGACGACUGGCAAGGAUCCGAUAUUACUGGAUACACGCUUGAAAAGAUGGAUAUGGACACUGGUAACUGGGUGCCAUGUGGUGAAUGCGGUCCCGAACCAACUGAGUUCACAGUAAAGGGACUUACACCAAACCACAAAUACAAGUUCAGAGUACGUGCCGUCAACAAGGAAGGCGAAUCUGAACCUUUGGAAACUGAUGGAGUUAUUGUCGCUAAGAAUCCUUAUGACCCACCAAAGGCACCCAGUAAGCCUAACAUCAUUGACUAUGACAACAUGUCAGUUACUUUACAAUGGGAACCACCAACUGAUAAUGGUGGCCGACCUAUCCUUGGAUAUGUUAUUGAGAUGAAGGAUAAAUUCACUGCCGACUGGAUAGAGGUUAAAAAGACAGAGGACAUCAAAACAGAAGCAAAGGUUGAGGGAUUGAAAGAAAAGAUGAUCUAUCAGUUCCGUGUCAAAGCCUACAAUAAGGCUGGUGUUGGUGACGCUUCAGAGCCAACAGCUAACCAUCUUUGCAAGCAUAGGAAUUUGAAACCACGCAUUGAACGCCUCACCUUCAAAUCGGUGAUCAUCAAAGCUGGCCGCACUCACAAAUGGUCUGUGGACGUCAUUGGAGAACCACCACCAGAGUGCACAUGGUCAUGGCGUGAGAACGUUAAACUCGUGAAUACAGAACGUAUUAAGAUCGAAAACGUAGACUACCACACAGACUUCACUAUUGUCAACGCUGUGCGACGCGACACUGGCAAAUAUACACUGAGAGCAGAGAACUGCAACGGCUUCGAUGAAGAGACCGUUGAGCUCACUGUUCUCAGCAAACCUAGCCCACCUAAAGGACCUUUGGAAGUGACAGAUGUUCACGCAGAAGGAUGCAAAGUUAAAUGGGAGAAACCAGAAGAUGAUGGUGGUUCCCCAGUCAAAGAAUACGAAUUGGAAAAAAUGGACGUCGCCACUGGCAAAUGGGUCCGUGUUGGCAGGGUGGCUGGUGACAAAAAACCCUUGGAAUUAGAGGUGACUGGUCUGGAACCAGGUCAUCAGUACAAGUUUAGAGUGACAGCGGUCAACGAUGAGGGAGACUCAGAGCCUUUGGAGACUGAGAAAGCAGUGCUUGCCAAGAAUCCAUUCGAUGUCGCGGACAAGCCCGGCAGUGUGGAGGUGGCAGACCACGACAACCAAAGUGCUACCAUCAAAUGGGAACCUCCCAAGUCCGACGGUGGAGCUCCAAUACAGAAGUAUAUCAUCCAGAAGAGACCAAAGGGUGGCGAUUGGGAGAAUGCUGCGGAGGUGCCUGGCAAUGCAACGACCGGUAAAGUGGAAGGUCUGCCCGAGGGCAGUGAAUACGAGUUCCGCGUAAUCGCCGUCAACAAGGCUGGACCUUCGGAAGCCUCUGAGCCUACCAAGAUGACAACUAUUAGACACAAAGCAUUGAAACCACGUAUCGACCGUACGAACCUCAAGGCGGUGGCAGUAAGAGCCGGUAAGGCGAUCUUCUUCGAUGUCAACGUUAAGGGAGAACCCGCGCCCAAAGUGCAAUGGUUCCAGAAAUGGAAGAAGGAAGAGAAGGAGGUAACAGAGAACGUAAUCAACGUGGACUACAACACAAAGUUGGACAUCAAAGAGGCGGUCCGGUCCAUGACCGGCACGUAUCGUAUUCUCGCCACGAACGAACACGGCAAGGACGAGGCUGAGGUAGAGAUCACCGUGCUCUCCGCUCCGAGCAAACCCGGUGGUCCAUUGAAGGUUGCUGACGUCACCAAGAACGGCUGCAAGCUUUCAUGGAAGAAGCCGGAGGAUGAUGGUGGUAAGCCAGUAACCGGUUACGUGGUAGAGAAACUGAACAAGGCGACUGGUCGUUGGGUGCCGGUCGGCAAGACUGAUGACACUGAGAUGGAGAUCAAGGGUCUGCAGGAGGGAGAGGAGUACGAGUUUAGGGUCAAGGCUGUAAAUGAAGAAGGAGAGUCGGAGCCUUUGAAGACAGAUCACUCUAUCAUUGCUAAGAAUCCUUAUGAUAUCCCCGGGAAGCCAUCAGUGCCAACGCUGGAAGAUUGGGAUGUGGACCGCGUGGACCUUAAGUGGGAGGCGCCCAAGAAUACUGGCGGUGCUCCCAUCACUGGGUAUAUCAUUGAGAAAAAGGAGAAGUAUGGGCAUUGGCAGGAGGCUCUUGUUACUACGACUCCAGAAUGCAAAGCCCGCGUGCCGGACCUAAAGGAAGGCAACACUUACCAGUUCCGAGUGCGCGCCGUGAACAAGGCGGGCCCCGGCGAGCCCGGAGACGCCACGCAGCCUCACGUCGCCAAGGCUAGAUUCUUGAAACCACACAUCAACCGUGACAAGAUGGUGGCUGUGCGCGUACGUGCAGGCACUACGAUCAAGUUGGAUGUCGACAUCAAGGGUGAACCUCCACCAACCAAGACCUGGACUUUCGCCAACAAGGUCAUCGAGACCAGCCCAGGCUUCAAGCUGGAGAACGAGGAUUAUAACACCCGUCUCCAGAUCUUCGAGUCUUCGUGGAAGAACACCGGCAUCUACACACUGAAGGCAGAGAACGAUUCUGGUGUAGAUGAGGCCACCGUUGAGAUUACUGUACUUGACAAACCAGGCAAACCCGAAGGCCCACUCGAAGUGUCAGACGUGCACGCAGAACACGUGAAACUUUCAUGGAACAAGCCCAAGCACACCGGGGGACUUCCCCUCAGUGCUUUCAUUGUGGAGAAGAUGGAUACUGUGACCGGAAAAUGGAGUCCCGCUGGCACUAUCGACCCAGAUGUCACUGAGGCCACUGUUACUGGUCUAGAACCAGGUCACACAUACCAAUUCCGUGUAAAGGCAUUGAAUGAAGAGGGCGAAUCAGAGCCCUUGGAAACCGAUCAUGGUAUCCUGGCCAAGAACCCAUACGAUGUACCAGCCCCACCUGGUCUCCCAGAUAUUGUGGACUGGGACGAAAAGUCGGCCAAGUUAAAAUGGGAACCUCCCAUCAGAGACAAUGGAGCACCCAUCACUGGAUAUAUUAUCGAAGUCAUGGAUAGGGAUAGAGGCGAAUUUGUUAAGGCCGCAGAAGUCCACGGCAACGUAUGUCAAGGCACAGUCCCCAAGUUGGAGGAAGGAAACCAAUACCAGUUCCGGGUGCGCGCCGUCAACAAGGCCGGCCAGUCCGAGCCCUCUGAGAACACCCACUGGCACACUGCUAAGCCGAGAUUCUUGAAACCAAGGAUCGACCGAACAAACCUCAACCCCAUCACCGUAAAAGCUGGUCUUCCAGUAUCCCUGGACGUCAAGGUCUUCGGAGAACCACCAGCUACAGUCACUUGGCACUUCCAAGGCCAAGAGCUGGCUAAUAGAGAGAACUUGGAGAUCAUCAACAUCGAUUAUAACACCAAGUUCCUGAUGACCAAGAGCAAACGCGCCAAUAGUGGCAAAUAUGUGAUUAAGGCCAAAAACGAAGUGGGUGAAGACGAGGCCGAAGUUGAAAUUCUUAUUGUUGGCAAGCCGACUAAGCCCAAGGGUCCAUUGGAAGUAGCAGAUGUGACUAAGAACAGUUGCAGUCUGUCGUGGCAGAAGCCCGAGGACGAUGGUGGAUCUCCCAUCGAAUACUAUGAGAUUGAGAAACUUGAUCCACUUACUGGUCAAUGGAUCCCAUGCGGCACGGCAAAGGACACGAAGGCGAAUGUGACCGGCUUGCAGGAGGGCAAGCCGUACAAGUUCCGCGUGAAGGCCGUCAACAAGGAGGGCGAGUCUGAGGAACUGGAGACUGAAAAGCCUAUCAUCGCUAAGAAUCCGUUCGACGAGCCCGGCAAGCCUGGACGUCCAGAGCCACGUAACUGGGACAAAGACUUUGUCGAGUUGGAAUGGUCACCACCGAAGGAAGAUGGCGGCGCUCCCAUCACUGGAUAUAUCAUUCAGAAGAGGGAGAAGGGAGAAAGAAAAUGGCAAGACUGUCUGCGCACGUCGGGCGAGCGUCCCACGGGGCGCGUGACGGACGUGGAGGAGGGCCACGAGUACCAGUUCCGCGUGAUCGCCGUCAACAAGGCGGGGCAGGGCGAGCCCUCCGAGCCCAGCAAGUCUGUCACUGCCAAGCCUAGAUUCUUGGCGCCCAAAAUCGAUCGCAAACAUCUACAAAGCCGUAAGAUCAAGGUCGGUCAAGUGUUGAAACUCGAGGCCGACGUCAAGGGUGAGCCGGAACCAACCAUCACUUGGACCUUCAAAGACCAAACCCUUAAGAGCACCGAUAGACUAAAGAUAGAGAACGCAGACUAUCAUACCUCAUUCUCUCUCCAAAAAUUGACAAGAGAAGAUGGCGGAAAGUAUGUGGUGACUGCUAAGAACGACUCCGGUGUUGACUCUGUUGAGAUUGAGAUCACCGUUGUUAGCAAGCCGUCCAAACCAAAGGGACCGUUGAAGGUGUCCGACGUGAAGGCAGACGGCUGCAAGCUACAAUGGGAACCACCAGAAGACGAUGGCGGAGAACCAGUAGAGAGUUAUGUCGUAGAACGUAUGGACACAGACUCCGGUAGAUGGGUGCCAGUAUGUACGACGAAAACACCUGAAGCAGACGUCACAGGACUUAAUGAGGGCAAAGAUUAUAUGUUCAGAGUGAAGGCAGUCAAUCCAGAGGGUGAGAGUGAACCCUUGGUAACGGAAACCGCUACCACUGCUAAGAAUCCUUAUGGCGAGCCCGACGCGCCCGGCAAGCCCGACUUCAAGGACUGGUCGGCGGACCACGUGGACCUCAAGUGGGAGAAGCCCGCCAACGACGGCGGCGCCCCCAUCACCGCCUACAUCGUGGAGAAGAAGGAUAGGGAUACUGGGAAAUGGGUUAAGGCUGUUGAGGUACCCGGAAACAAGACAGAAGCUCGUAUCCCGGACCUGAUCGAAGGCAAGACGUACCAGUUCCGUGUGAAGGCGGUCAACAAGGCUGGCCCCGGGAAGCCCUCUGCGGCAUCCGAAAGCCUUCUGGCUAAGGACCGAUUUGCUCCGCCAAAGAUCGACCGUACCAACAUGCGCGAUCUCACACUCAAAGCUGGACAGAACAUUCGCUUAGACGUCAAGGUCACCGGUGAACCUCCACCGACUAAGACUUGGUUCCACAACAAAGAGCGUCUGUCCACUCGCGAUGAUCUCUCAGUGGACGUAGAGGAGUACAGGACGAAGCUCUCAGUGGUGGUCGCGUCGCGCAAGCACAGCGGUACCUACGUACUGAAGGCAGAAAACAGCAGUGGGAAGGACGAGGCCACUAUACAGAUUAAUGUCCUGGACGUGCCUGCUAAACCUGAAGGACCUCUAAAGAUAUCUGACGUCCACAAAGAAGGCUGCACGCUCAAAUGGAACCCACCGCUAGACGAUGGUGGCGCCCCCAUCGACCACUAUCUAGUAGAGAAACUUGACACAGAAACCGGCAGAUGGCUACCGGCUAUGAAGACCAAGGACCCGAAGGCAGAGAUUGAAAACCUGGUGCCUGGUCAUGAAUACAAGUUCAGAGUGUCUGCGGUCAAUAAUGAGGGUGUGUCCGAGCCUUUGGAGGGAGAGCAGUCCAUUAUUGCUAAGAAUCCAUUCGAUGAGCCCGGCAAGCCCGGAACACCAGAAGUCCUGGACUGGGACAAAGACCACGUGGACCUCAAGUGGUCCAAACCAAUCAAAGAUGGCGGUGCUCCCAUUACUGGGUAUAUUAUUGAGAAAAGAGAAGUUGGGUCGACCAAAUGGGUGAAAGCUUGUGAGGUCGGACCUAACGACAACGAGAAAGCAACAGUGCCCAACCUAGAUGAGGGCACAGAGUACGAAUUUAGAGUGAAGGCUGUGAACGAAGCCGGCCCCGGUGAACCUAGUGACGCUAGCAAGUCUGUCACUUGCAAGCCUAGGAGAUUGGCACCAAAGAUCGACCGUCGCAACCUGCGGCCGAUCAAGGUGCACGAGGGCGAGCCCAUCGCGCUGGACGUGAAAGUGACGGGCGAGCCCGCGCCCGACGUCGCGUGGUCGCUCAACGGCAAGACCGUCAGCAGUGGCAACGGGCUUAAGUUGGUGAAUGUGCCAUACUUGAGCAAAUAUCAGCACUCGAGCCCGCGCCGCAAGGACUCCGGCACCUACAAGAUACAGGCCAUUAACAAAUACGGACAGGACACCGCUGAGGUUGACAUUAUUGUAGUCUCCAAACCCGAGAAACCUGAAGGUCCUCUCGAAGUGUCCGACAUCCACAAAGACGGCUGCACGCUCAAGUGGAAGCGGCCCAAAGACGACGGCGGUGAACCCAUCGAGAACUAUGUGGUUGAGAAGUAUGACCCUGAAACUGGUGUAUGGGUGCCCGUCGGCAAGACACUCGGCAAUGUGCCUGAAAUGGAGGUCGAUGGCUUGAUCCCCGGACACGAGUACAAGUUCCGCGUGAAGGCGGUCAACAAGGAGGGCGAGUCUGAGCCGUUGGAGACAUUCGGUUCUAUCGUCGCUAAAGAUCCAUUCACCGUGCCCGAAGCACCAUCGACACCAGUACCAGACGACUGGUCGGCCACCCACGUGGACCUCAAGUGGGAGCCGCCAGUAUCAGAUGGAGGGUCUCCCAUCAUUGGUUAUAUUGUUGAAAAGAAGGACAAGUACAGCCCCUUGUGGGAGAAGGCGGUGGAGACUCACACGCCUACACCAAGUGCCACUAUUAAUGGAUUAAUCGAAGGAAAUGAAUAUCAGUUCCGAGUUAUAGCAGUAAAUAAAGCCGGUCAGAGCAAGCCGUCUGAGGCCAGCAAGAACUUCGUGGCCAAGCCCCGCUUCCUGGCGCCCAAGAUUGACAGGAGGCACCUACGUGAUGUCACCCUGUCUGCUGGCUCUACUCUGAAGCUUGAGGCUGCCAUCACUGGAGAACCAGCUCCGGCUGUGGAAUGGAGAUACCAGAACAUGCCGUUGCGUCCAUCCAAAGCGGUCACAAUCGACAGUCCCGAGUACUUCACGAAGCUGGUGGUGCGUCCCGUGCGGCGCGACGACUCCGGCGAGUACACCGUCACCGCGGUCAACUCCAGCGGGAAGGACACUGUUACCAUCAAUGUUGUGGUCACUGAUAAGCCCGCUAAGCCUGAAGGACCAUUGCAGAUCUCCGACGUGCACAAAGACGGCUGCACGCUCAAGUGGAAGCGCCCGAAGGACGACGGUGGCGCCCCCAUCGAGUACUACCAAGUGGACAAACUGGACACCGAGACUGGUGUUUGGGUCCCCUGUGCUAGAUCUGAUGAACCUCGUUGCGAGGUGACCGGUUUGACUCCCGGCAAGGAGUACAAGUUCCGUGUGUCCGCCGUCAACUCGGAGGGCGAGUCUGAACCGCUCAUUUCUGAAGAAAAGAUUGUUGCUAAGAAUCCAUACGAUGAACCUGGAGCACCGGGAACACCCUCAGUCACGGACUGGGACAAGGACCACGUGGACCUCAAGUGGGCCCCGCCACAAGAAGAUGGCGGCGCGCCCAUCGAAGGCUACAUCGUGGAGAAAAAGGACAAGUUUGGCAACUGGGAGAAGGCCCUAGAAGUGCCGGCGGAUAAGACCACUUGCACUGUGCCGGAUCUGAUCGAGGGACAGACUUAUGAGUUCCGAGUCCGCGCUGUGAACAAGGCCGGCCCCGGCGUGCCUAGCGACAGCACACACCCCAUCGUCGCCAAGCCCAGGAACUUGGCGCCUAAGAUCGAUAGAACUAACCUUAUUGAUAUCAAGAUUAAGGUCGGACAGAAGUUCGGAUUUGAUGUUAAGGUUACUGGAGAGCCAAUGCCCGAAACCAAAUGGUUCCUGGGCAAACGAGAGGUAAAAUCAGGUGGCGAGAUGAAAGUCCAACAUUCUGACUACAAUACUAAACUCAACUGCAAGUCAGCGACUAGAGCAGACAGCGGCAGAUACACAAUUACUGCUGAGAACUGCAACGGUAAAGAUGUUGCUGAAGUUGAAGUCAUUGUGCUCAGUGUGCCCAGUCCGCCUGGAGGACCUCUUAAGGUGUCCGACGUACACGCAAACGGCGCCAAACUGUCCUGGAACCCGCCAGCCGACGACGGUGGUCAGCCCAUAGAGAAGUACGUGGUGGAGCGCAUGGACGAGGCCACGGGUAGAUGGGUGACCGCGGGCGAGACGGACGGCCCGCAGACCAGCCUCGCCGUGGACGGCCUGCAGCCUGGACACAAGUACAAGUUCAGAGUACGCGCUGUUAAUAGACAAGGCAAAUCAGAACCACUCACGACACCACACGCGACAGAAGCGAAGAAUCCCUUCGACGUUGCGGGUAAGCCCGGAACGCCCAAGAUUAGGGACUUUGACGCGGACUUUGUUGAACUGGAAUGGACCAGACCAGAAACAGAUGGUGGAGCUCCAAUCACUGGUUAUGUUAUUGAAAAGAAGGACAGAUUUGCACCAGAUUGGGAGGAAUGUGCACAGAUCGAAGGUGACGUCACAUCCGGCAAAGUACCAGACCUCAUUGAAGGAAACACGUAUGAAUUCCGCGUUCGCGCAGUUAACAAGGCCGGUAAAGGCAUACCGAGUGACGGCACCGCGCCUCACUUGGCCCGGCCCAAGAACCUGCCGCCUAAGAUCGACAGAAAUUUCAUGUUCGAUAUCAAGGUCAAAGUUGGGCAAAACUACGAGUUGGAUGUACCAGUUGCUGGUGAACCAACUCCCACUAAGGAAUGGCUUCAUGGAGAGAACACCGUUCUCAAUACUGACAGAAUCAAGGUCGUCAAUGACUCCCAUAGCACGAAGAUCAGGGUGAUUGAUGCCAAACGAUCUGAUUCUGGUACCUACACACUUAAAGCUAAGAACAUUAAUGGCACAGACACGGCUUCAGUUAAAAUAUUGGUUAUGGAUGUACCACUACCACCCGAAGGCCCAUUACGUGUAGAUGAUAUCACCAAAUCAGGUUGCAGCCUUAGAUGGAGGCCACCCAAGGACGAUGGUGGCUGUGAAAUCACACACUACGUCGUUGAAAAGAUGGAUCAAGAAAACCUUCGAUGGAUCCCGGCUGGAGAAGUCCAGGGAUGUAAUAUCCGUAUUGAUCACCUCAUCGAAGGACACGAUUACAAUUUCAGAGUUCGUGCCGUCAAUAAGCAAGGUGAAUCUCAGCCACUUGUCGGUCAAGAGCCAAUCACUGCCAAGGACCCUUACGGAACUCCAGACAAACCUGGCACACCUGUUGUCAAGGACUGGGACAAGGAUCACAUGGACUUGGAAUGGGUACCGCCAAAGAAAGAUGGUGGCUCACCUAUUACUGGAUAUAUCAUUGAGGCCAGAAAGAAAUACGGUCCGUGGGAGGUUGCAGCUACAGUGCCAGGAAACAAGACUACUGGAACAGUGUCUGGUCUUCAAGAAGGAGAAGAAUACGAAUUUCGAGUCAUUGCCGUUAACAAAGCCGGAAAUGGUGAACCGUCUGACGCUUCUACACCACAAGUGGCUAAAGCCAGAUUUUGCGCUCCAACAUUCGAUAAAACUCUCCUGGCUGAUAAAACAGUUAAGGCUGGACAGAGAAUCCAAUACGAGAUCCCGAUAGAGGCAUCUCCGAAACCCACAGUCGAAUGGCAGAUUAAUGGCAAACUCGUCCACCCAUCGGAUAGGAUUGAUAUCCAGAUUUUGCAUAACAGGGUUAUCCUAGACAUUCCAUUUUCCGUCCGUUCUGACGGAGGCGUUUAUAAAUUGACCCUCAAGAAUGAUCUCGGAGUUUGCUCGGCGAGUGCUAACGUUACUGUUUUAGACAAACCAUCUCGACCAGAGAAACCUUUGGUCGUAUCCGAUGUUACAAAGGAUUCCUGCUCGUUGUCGUGGAAAGUACCUUUGGACGAUGGUGGUUCACCAAUUUUACAUUAUGUCAUCGAAAAGAUGGACUUAUCUCGCGGUACUUGGUCAGAUGCUGGCAUGAGCACAUUCUUAUCUCACCAAGUGACAAGACUUAUUCACAUGAAGGAAUACUUGUUCAGAGUUAGUGCAGUAAACGCUAUCGGACAGUCUGAACCAUUAGAAUUAGAUCGCGCUAUAGUUGCAAAGAACGAAUUCGAUGAACCUUCGGCACCUGGCAAGCCCAAAGCUACUGACUGGAGCAAGAGCCAUGUUGACUUAGAAUGGACUCCACCUAAAUCUGACGGUGGUGCUCCCAUCACUGGAUAUAUCAUUCAAAAGAAAGAAAAGGGCAGUCCAUACUGGGUUAAUGCAGCUCACGUACCACCUGGGCAGACUAAAGCUACAGUACCUGACUUAAUCGAAGGUCAAGACUACGAGUUUAGAGUUAUCGCUGUUAACCAAGCUGGACAGUCUGAACCUAGUGAACCAUCAGACAUCGUCACAGCUAAGGACAGAUUCGUAGCGCCUAAGAUUUUGACACCACUUAAGGAAGUACGUAUCAAGGCUGGUCUCAUUUUCCAUAUCGAUAUCGACUUUAUUGGUGAACCAAUUCCUGAAGUCAAAUGGACUUGUGAUGACAAAGCUGUUGUAACAAACGAAAGAACAACUAUUACAUCGGUUGGACAUCAUACAAUCGUUCAUACAGUGAACUGCAAGAGAUCAGACGCUGGUAAAUACCACUUGUCUCUGAAGAACGAUUCGGGAUCUGAUGAAGGUAGCUUCGACUUAAUUGUCUUGGAUGUACCUGGACCGCCGCAACCACCGUUUGAAUACGAGGAGAUCACUGCCCAAUCUGUUACAUUGUCAUGGAAACCACCCAAAGACAAUGGUGGCAGUGAACUGACUGGAUAUGUCAUUGAGAAACGUGAUUUGACUCACGGUGGUGGUUGGGUUCCAGCCGUUACUUAUGUCAAUCCUAAAUAUAAUCACGCAACUGUACCUCGUCUUUCUGAAGGCACCAAAUAUGAAUUCAGAGUGUUUGCUGAAAACUUGCAAGGACGAUCUGAACCGUUAGUUACUGACAAACCAAUUGUUGCCAAGAACCAGUACACAGUACCUGGAAAACCAGGCAAACCUGAACUGGUUUCUGCCGACAAAGACCACAUCAAAAUCAAAUGGUCAUCGCCGAUUUCCAAUGGUGGUUCCAACAUUCUUGGCUAUGAUGUUGAAAGAUGCGACAAAGCAACAGGAAGAUGGAUUAAGAUGAACAGAGAACCUGUAAGAUUCAAUGAAUAUCAAGAUGACAGAGUUCAAGAAGGUCAUCAAUAUGAAUACAGGGUAUCAGCUGUUAACUUAGCUGGACCUGGACAACCUUCUGACCCAUCUAACGUUAUUAUCGCUAAACCAAUGAAAGAGAAGCCGAAAUUAUGGCUUGAUGGCCUAAUUGGACGCAAGAUCAAGGUCAGGGCUGGUGAACCUAUAAAUAUAAACAUUCCAAUAACUGGUGCACCGACACCUAAGAUUUCAUGGACCAAGGGAACCGUUCCAGUUGUCCCAUCUCAUAGAAUCUCAGCUGAAACCAAAGCUGAGGAAACUAAACUUAGCAUCGAAAAAUCAACAAGGGAAGACGCUGGCAAGUACACAAUCACAGCAUCCAAUGAAUAUGGAAAAGAUUCUGCUGAUAUUGAAGUCAUUGUGGUCGACAAACCUGGAAUACCUAAAGGCCCACUUAUUUGUAACCCAGUUACUCAUGAGUCCAUGAGCCUCUCAUGGCAACCACCUCUUGACGACGGUGGUAGUGAAAUCACUGGUUACGUUGUUGAGGUUGCCGAAUAUGGCGUCAACGACUGGCGUACUGUUGCUGGGUUCUGCCCUAAAUGUUCAUUUACUGUUAAGAACUUGACUGAAGGCAAAAAAUAUGUAUUCAGAGUCCGUGCUGAAAACUUAUACGGUCUAUCUGAACCAUUAGAAAGCAAACCAAUUGUAGCUAAAUUGCCAUUUGAUCCACCAGAUGCGCCAGACACACCUAAUAUUACUGGUUACAGUGCAAACAGCUGCUCCUUGGAAUGGAAACCACCUGCAAACUGUGGUGGCAAACCCAUUACUGGUUAUAUCGUAGAAAAGAGAGAACGCGGUGGUGAAUGGGUCAAGGUGAAUAACUAUCCAACUCCCAACACUUGUUACACAGUACAAGAUCUGCGUGAAGGUAACCGAUAUGAAUUCCGCGUUAUAGCUGUAAAUGAAGCUGGACCAGGCAAACCUAGCAAACCCACCGAACCCAUUGUUGCUCAGACACAAAGACUUAAGCCUAGCGCACCUGAACCGCCCAAACCUGAUAGAAUUACCAGAGACUCUGUUACAUUGUCGUGGAGACCACCAAAGAGCGAUGGUGGAGCUAAGAUUAAAGGCUAUAUCAUUCAACAAAAGGCUAAAGGAGACAAAGACUGGAAAGACGUUAAUGACGUCCCUAUUCCAAGCCUUGUACACACUGUACCUAAACUUAAGGAAGGUGAAGAAUAUCAGUUCAGGGUCAUUGCUGUUAAUGACGUAGGCAAAUCUGACCCAAGCAAACCGACUGGUGAUAUCACAAUUGCUGAACAACCAAACAAACCGUGCAUGGACCUCGGAGGUGUUCGGGAUAUUACUGUACGCGCUGGAGAAGACUUCUCUAUUCACGUACCUUACACUGGAUUCCCACAACCAACUGCAUCUUGGUUCGCUGAUGAUAAUCUACUCGAUGUCGAGGGUGAUUUAAGAAUAUUCCAGAAGAUUACACCUGAUUCCGCUUCUCUUGUUGUUAAGAAUGCCAAGAGAUCAGACGGUGGUCAAUACCGCUUGCAGUUACGUAACCCGUCUGGUUAUGAUACUGCUACUAUCAACGUACGCGUUCUCGACAGACCUGGUAAACCAGAAAAUCUACGAGCAGACGAAUUCGAGGGCGAAGCGCUCACAUUAUACUGGAAUCCACCAAAGGACAACGGUGGUGGCGAAAUCACGAAUUACGUCGUUGAGAAACGCGAAGCUCGCACACCUAACUGGACUAAGGUGUCCGGUUACGUCACAACACCGUUCUUACGGGUGAAGAACUUGACUGUUGGAAAGAGCUACGAAUUUAGGGUUAUGGCUGAGAACCAAUAUGGUCAGUCAGAUCCAGCGCAGACCACAGAACCAAUUAGGGCGAGGCAUCCAUUCGAUCCUCCUGGAGCACCUGGAGCGCCUCGCUCAGUGGAAACUACAGAGUCAUCUAUCACAGUCACAUGGUCGAAGCCGCGUCACGACGGCGGAUCUCCAAUCACUGGCUACAUUCUAGAAAAGAGGCUGAUUACUGAAGAUAAAUGGACCAAAGCAUCUCAUGCACACAUUCCAGACACCACAUACAAAGUUACAGGACUGAUUGAGAAUCAUGAAUAUGAAUUCAGAGUAUCCGCUGUGAACGCAGCCGGUCAAGGGCCAUUCUCGCAGAGCUCAGACGCAAUCCGCGCAUGCGCGCCGCCCAACGCGCCUCGCAUCACUAGUGACCUUAGCCUUAGGGACAUCACCGUAAUCGCUGGUGAAGAAAUUAAGAUCACCGUGCCAUUUACUGGAAACCCAAGACCAAAGGUAUCAUGGAUAAUAAACAAUGACGAAGUGUUUCCUGAUCACCGCAUCAGAUUCGUGACGUCAGACAUCGACACGGUGUUCAUAAACUCGAGCGCCAAGCGAUCCGACACCGGCUCUUACACCGUACAGCUUUUGAACAGCGAGGGCUCUGACAGUGGCACUUGCAGAGUUCUAGUAGUCGACAGACCAUCUCCACCUGUUGGUCCGCUCGAUGUAUCUGACAUCACUCCCGACACAUGCACGUUGUCAUGGAAACCUCCGCUAGAUGAUGGCGGCUCUCCCAUCACCAACUACAUUGUGGAGAAGAUGGACAACGUUGGAGUAUGGUCAAAGAUCUCAUCAUUCGUACGCAAUUGCCACUACAACGUGAUGGGUCUCGAGCCCAACAAGAAAUAUAUGUUCCGAGUACGUGCUGAGAACCAGUAUGGCGUGUCGGAACCAUUGGCUAUGGAAGACUACAUUACAGCUAAAUUCCCAUUCACGACGCCCGACCCGCCCGGCGUGCCGCGCGUCAUCGAGUGGGACGGCUCCACCGCCACGGUGGUGUGGGACCGGCCGCGCUCCGACGGCGGCGCGCGCAUACAGGGAUACAAGAUCGAGUUCCGCGACGUGCAGGACAAAGUGUGGAACAGCGCUGAUUAUCUUGUUAAAGACUGCAAUUAUCAGGCUUACAACCUCGAGCCUGGUCACGAGUACGAGUUCCGCGUGCGCGCCAAGAACGCGGCGGGCUACAGCAAGUACUCGGCCAGCUCGCAGCCGUUCCGCGUGCGCGGCAAGGCCGGGCCGCCCGCGCCGCCGCGCGCGCCACGCGUGCUGCGCGUCGGCAGGAACUACGUCGACGUGGCGUGGGACCCACCGGCAUCUGACGGAGGAUCCCGCAUCACCGGCUACAUUAUCGAGCGGCGCGAGCUGAGCAGCUCGGUGUGGCUCAAGUGCAACGACUACACCGUGCUCGACACCAGCUUCACCGCGCUCAACCUCAGCGAGAAGGCCGACUUCGAGUUUAGGAUUAUUGCUUGUAAUUCUGCUGGUAAAUCCGAGCCGUCAAGUUGCACGACUCCAGUUCGCACGGGCGAGGAAGCGGGUGGUGCUAAGCCCGAGUGGCUCAAACGUCUGCCGGCCAGCGCCUGCGCGCCGCUCGCACGCCCACACGUGCUGGAAUGCGUGGCGAGUGGAAGUCCCGUACCCGUGGGCAGGUGGCUCAAGGGCGGCCGUGAGAUCGUCAUGGGCACCAGAUUCAUCGCUGAAUCUCGUGAGGGUACACUGAAACUGAACAUUCUGGAAGCAACCGAAGCGGACGAGGGCGACUACACGUGCGAGGCUAGCAACAGUCUUGGACACAUUUACUGCACAACACAUCUUAAGAUUGGAAGCCCACCGCGCAUCACACGUAUGCCAGGCGACCUGCACCUCCCCGAGCACGACAAUACGAAGAUCAAGAUCCUCUACACCGGAGACCAGCCCGCAGACGUCACCCUCACCAAGGAUGGUCAGAAGGUCUCAGAAUCACCACACCUCAAGUUUACUGUCUUCGAUGAUUAUAUUCUUAUAUUCAUCAAGGACAUCACUAAGGAUGAUAUGGGAACAUACAAGAUAACAAUCAAGAACAAUUCCGGUGAAACAUCAGACUCGUUCUCGGUGACCGUGACCGGUCUGCCCGGACCUCCGCAAGGACCGCUUGAAGCAACAGACAUCACCAGACAUACAUGCACCCUAGCCUGGAAACCACCUACCUACGAUGGAGGCCUACCUAUCACCCAUUACGUUGUUGAAAGGAUAGAUAUAUCUGGAACUACCUGGAUAACUAUAGCCUCGUCUGUCCGGGACACGAGGUUUACGGUCCAUGGACUGACUGAGGGACAAGAGUACAACUUCAGGAUACAUGCGGCCAAUGAUAAUGGUAUCGGACCAGGAUUGGAGGGUGUCAAUCCUGUUAAGGCUAAACUUCCCUACGAUCCACCAUCUGCACCUGGCAUUCCUAAGAUCGUUGAAGUCGGUGGACACUUCGUCCACUUGGAAUGGGACAAACCCGAGAGCGAUGGAGGUGCCAGAAUACAGGGUUACUGGGUUGACAAACGCGAGGUGGGCUCGUCGAGCUGGCAGCGCGUGAACGCGGCGCUGUGCGUGCCGCCGCAGCUGAACUGCGCAAACCUCAUCGAGGGUCGCCAGUACGAGUUCCGCGUGAUCGCGCAGAACGAGGCCGGCCUCUCGCCGCCCAGCACCAACAGCCAGCAGGUCAAGGUCGUUGACCCUAAAGCCGCCACUCCACCGGAAAUCGUGAAACCUUUAAAGAACGCCAACUGCAUCCAGUACCACAACGCCAAGUUCCAGUGCACCAUCACUGGCUCACCCAAGCCCACCAUCACGUGGUACAAGGGUGCCCGCGAGAUAACGAACGGUCCGCGCCACCGCAUCUGGAGCGAGGGCGACAACCACUUCCUCACGGUGAUGGACGUGUUCGGCGAGGACGCGGACGAGUACGUGUGCCGCGCCGUCAACAGCGCCGGCGUCAAGAGUACUCGCGCUGAACUGCUUAUUAUGACUGCACCAAAACUGAACGUGCCACCUCGUUUCCGGGACACGGCAUACUUCGACAAGGGCGAGAAUGUGGUGAUCAAGAUCCCGUUCACGGGACACCCCGUGCCUCGCAUCACGUGGGUGCGCGAGGGCGAGACCAUCGAGUCCGGCCUGCACUACCAUGUGGAGAGGAAAGAACGCCACGCUAUCCUCACGAUCCGUGACGCGAGCAAGAUCGACUCCGGCCCGUACAGGAUCACCGCUGAGAAUGAGCUUGGACAGGAUUCUGCUAUUAUUAACAUUGAAAUUAGCGACCGCCCCGACCCACCCCGCUUCCCGGGCGUGGACAACAUCGGUGUGGACUCACUCGCACUGUCCUGGAAGGCGCCAGUAUGGGACGGAGGCUCCGACAUCACCAACUAUCUGGUGGAGAAACGAGAACACCCCAUGUCCAGCUGGAUAAGAGUUGGAAAUACACGCUUCACAACAAUGGCUGUGACCGGCCUCGCGUCGGGCAAGCAGUACGAGUUCCGCGUGUACGCCGAGAACAUCUACGGACGCUCCGAGCCCAGCGAGCCCACUUCGCUGGUGCAGACCAAGGCCAUUGUCAAGAAGGAGUUCAAGAAGAAGGAGUAUCCUGUGGACGAGACGGGCAAGCGUAUCCGCACGAAUGCGGACCACGGGCCCGUAAAGGACUACGACAGCUACGUGUUCGAUAUAUACAGCAAGUACGUGCCGCAGCCCGUCGAGAUACGCACAUGCUCUGUCUACGACAAGUACGACAUACUCGAAGAGAUUGGUACAGGCGCGUUCGGUGUGGUCCACCGUUGCAGAGAGCGCGCCACCGGCAACUACUUCGCCGCCAAGUUCAUACCCGUCGCCGGUGCGAUGGAGAAGGAGCUAAUAAAGAAAGAGAUAGACAUAAUGAACCAGCUACACCAUCGCAAGCUGAUCAAUCUGCACGAUGCGUUUGAAGAUGACGAUGAAAUGGUUUUGAUAUUCGAGUUCCUGUCCGGCGGCGAGCUGUUCGAGCGCAUCACGGAGCCGGGCUACAACAUGAGCGAGGCGGAGGCGGCGCACUAUAUGCGACAGGUGUGCGAGGGCGUGCGACACAUGCACGAGCAGAACAUCAUACACCUCGACCUGAAGCCCGAGAACGUCAUGUGUACCACCAGGACUGGCACUGAUGUUAAGAUCAUAGAUUUCGGUUUGGCCACAAAGUUAGAUCCCAAUGAAGUGGUGAAGAUAUCGACGGGAACCGCAGAAUUCGCUGCGCCGGAAAUAGUUGAGCGUGAACCUGUCGGCUUCUACACGGACAUGUGGGCCGUGGGCGUGCUCGCUUACGUGCUGCUAUCCGGUCUAUCACCAUUCGCCGGUAAUAACGACAUAGAAACAUUGAAGAACGUGAAGGCUUGCGACUGGGAGUUCGACGAGGAGGCCUUCCAGCACGUGUCUGACGAUGCUAAGGACUUCAUCAGGAGAUUGCUGGUUAAGAAUAAGGAGAAGCGCCUGACGGCGCACGAGUGCCUCGCGCACCGCUGGCUGGCGGGCGACGCCACGGCCGCGCGCACCGCCACCAUACAGGCGCGCCGCUACGAGCAGAUGAGGAACCGCCUACGGGAGAGAUACGAGAACUGGUCGUCAUUCGUGCUGCCUAUCGGCCGGCUCAGCGAGUACAGUUCCCUGCGCAAGCUGCUUGUAGAGAAAUGGAAGAUCUACGACGGACAAUUCGACCGCCGCCAAGCCGCGCCUAGAUUCGUGAUCAGGCCGCAGUCCGCGUUCUGCUACGAGGGUCAGUCCGUGAAGCUGUACUGCCGCAUCAUCGCCGUGGCCGCGCCCACCGUCACCUGGUCGCACAACAACCGCGAGCUGCGCCAGUCCGUCAAGUACAUGAAGAGAUACGCUGGAGAUGACUAUUACUUCAUAAUCAACCGCGCGCGGCUCGAGGACCGCGGGGAGUACAUCAUCCGGGCGGAGAACCACUACGGCUUCAGGGAGGAGGUCGUGUUUCUGAACGUACAACCGGUACCCAAAGUGCAGCGCACGCCGGUGUCGGAGGCGCCGCGCCGGCGCGAGGCGCUGCCCUACACGUUCUGGCAGGAGACCAGCGAGACGGCGCCGUCCUUCACGUUCCAGCUGCGGCCGCGCGUCAUGCAGGCGCGGGACACCUGCAAGCUGCUGUGCUGCCUCAGCGGCAAGCCCACGCCCACCGUCAAAUGGUACAAGGACAAGCGUGAGCUAUCUAAAUACGAUUACGCGAUGACGCACUCUGACGGCGUGGUGACGAUGGAGAUCAUCGACUGCCGGCCCGAGGACAGCGGCAAGUACUCGUGCGUUGCCACCAACGUGCACGGCACGGACGAGACCUCGUGCGUUGUUAUUGUUGAAGGUGAGGUAGUGAGUGAGGAACAAGCCGCACUCGCACAUAACUUACUCUACUCCGGCGAGAGACGAUACAUCGAGAAGCCACUGAAACCUGCGCCUACGCCUAUCAUUACCAAAACAAAGGUGACAAUCGACCCACCCUCAAAAUCGUCAGGUCCCAGACCGAAGUACUCGCCACAAACCUCAAUAGAGCCCGGCAAGAAGAAGUACGGCGCUAAACUAGACUCUGACGCGGCGUCUAGAUCUCGAAGUGCAACAAAGGAAUUAGUAUUACCAGCGUCAGACUCAUCAAUGUGCGCGCCGUCGUUCGCACGCGCACUACCGGACGCGUUGGCGGCACGCGACGGCGCGCCGCUGCUGCUGUCGUGUGCAGUGCGCGGGGACCCCGACCCUCGCGUCGAGUGGUACAAGGACGGCAAGCCGCUGCACUCGUCCGAUGUCGUGGAUCUAAAAUACAAAAAUGGCGUAGCAUCGCUAGCCAUCAACGAAGUGUUCCCCGAGGACGAGGGCGUGUACUCGCUCAAGGCCAUCAACAGCCAGGGCGAGGUCGAGACCAAGUGCAAUGUCUCUGUUAGAGCGGAAGGUGCUGCAGUGGUAUCACAGAAGAGCGACAAGCCGCCCAGGAUCGUGGACCACGCCAAGUCACAGAUUGUGGCCGACGGAGAGCCUGUCACGUUGUCUUGCAGAAUCGCGAACGCGGAACGCUUCGACGUGGUGUGGCUGCACAACAACAAGGAGAUCAAACCGUCCAAGGACUUCCAGUACUCGAGCGAGGCCAACAUCCACAAGCUACACAUCGCCGAGAUAUUUCCCGAGGACGCCGGCGUAUACACAUGCGAAGCGUUCAACGACCUAGGCGAGUCGUUCUCGUCGUGCACGCUGGCGGUGAGCGUGGCGGGCGAGACCCCCGCGCUGCAGUACCGCGCCUUCCCCGCCUCCGCCACCGUGGCCGCGGGCGAGCCGGCCGUGUUCACUGCUGACCUGGAUAAGCCACCACUCCAGCUCCAGUGGUUGAAGGACGGCAAGCCCAUCGACGAGUCGUCGAACAGAUACAAGUUCACAAUGGAAGGCACGUCGGCAUACCGCCUCGAGAUCGUCGCCUGCAACGCGGACGACAACGGCCAGUACCUGGCCCGCGCAGUCAGCAGCAAAGGAGACACCCUAGCUGCUUUCUACCUAAAUGUAGUCGAUAAU